GUUGGCAUGGGGUCUCCCGGUGCGGAUCGGCGGUUGUUGUCCUUGGGCCUGGGCCUGGCCCUGCUGUGCGGGGGCCUGUCCCUGGGCUCCGCCGGCCGUUACUACCGGCCGGGACAGACCUGCUUCAGCCCGCUGGCGGGAGCCCCGACCCUGCACGGGGGGCAAAGGACCUACCCCAGGCCCCACGAGUACCUGGACGCGGCCCAGUUACCCAAGAGCUGGGACUGGCGGAACGUCAACGGGGUCAACUACGCCAGCACCACGAGGAACCAGCACAUCCCUCAGUACUGCGGCUCCUGCUGGGCUCAUGGAAGCACCAGUGCUCUGGCAGAUCGGAUCAACAUCAAGAGGAAAGGGGCGUGGCCAUCUGCCUUCCUGUCUGUGCAGCACGUGAUUGACUGUGGCAAUGCAGGCUCAUGUGAAGGGGGAGACGACCUGCCAGUCUGGGAGUACGCUCACAAACACGGGAUUCCUGAUGAGACUUGCAACAACUACCAGGCAAAGGACCAGCCGUGCGACAAGUUCAAUGAAUGUGGAACGUGCACUGAGUUCAAGGUGUGUCAUGUCAUACAGAAUUACACCCUUUGGAAAGUUGGAGACUUUGGCUCUGUUGCCGGAAGAGAUAAAAUGAAGGCAGAAAUUUAUGCAAACGGUCCGAUCAGCUGUGGUAUAAUGGCGACAGAAGGCCUGGAUGCUUACACUGGAGGAAUCUAUUCUGAAUAUAAUCAGGAUCCCUCUAUUAACCACAUUGUAUCUGUGGCUGGAUGGGGUGUAGACAGUGAUGGAACAGAAUACUGGAUUGUUCGGAAUUCUUGGGGCGAACCGUGGGGAGAGAGAGGCUGGCUGAGAAUUGUGACCAGUACAUAUAAAGGAGGAAAAGGAAGUGACUACAAUCUUGCCAUUGAAGAAAGAUGCUCCUUUGGGGAUCCUAUAAUUUAGUUGGGAAUGCUAAAGAAACUAACCCUUGCAGUUAUAUGAUCCCUACUUGAUGCAUUCUUCCUCUUCACAUGCCUUUCCUCAGAUGCUGAAUUGCUCCAAUUCUGCUUGAGAUGAGCUGCUCCUCUUGGGUGGCUGUUUUCAGACAUUUAGCUCAGCACUUCCAAAAACGGAAAUGAGUCAGUCAACUUUUUCUUGGAAGUCAAAAUAUGAAGUAUUAUUACUCAAGGCUACUGUGCUGAACUGUGGAAGAGCACAGAAACUUGAAAUCUGAUCUAUAGCUAAUGUGCUAUUUGUAGCUAGGCAGCAUGUGUUUUGUACGUUAUAUAACAAUGUUUAAGGAGUAAGAAAGUUUAGCCUCACUAAGCUUUUGUACUUCUUGCCCUUCAAGAAGGAUGUCAAUGUGAUAGAUACUUUGAGGAAGAGUAUUUUCUACUUCUGCACUAAAAUUUUGAUAGAGUGGCCUUUUACAUGUAAAAAUGACACUGACUGUGAUUGCUGGACCACUAUGCCAGGAGCCAUAAUGUUUCAAAACUAAAGAUUCUCCCCAGAACCA